UAAAAAUGGCGGAUGGUGAUGCUGGAUUACGAAGAAGAAAAAAAUUGAACGCCGAAAACCUGUCGUCAGGAAAAGAGCCAAAGAACGCAGCAAAUGAAAUUGAUAAAAAGACAGAAAAGACCCUAGAGACGAACACUUUCUGGCUAACACGCAUCGUCUUACUGCGCUACAUCGGUUUUAUUUAUUUUGUGGCUUUCCUAGUGGCUCUUCAUCAGAACAAGGAACUCUGUGGUCAGCAUGGACUUAUACCAGCUCAGAAGUUUCUCAAAAGAAUACAAACUGAAUCCAAAGGCAGCACCCUGGAACUGUUUACCAGGAUCCCCAGUCUCGUCUGGCUCAUCGACUAUGAGAAUAGCUUGGACCGUUUCCUUGACUACACAGCGUGGGCGGGGCUUGCCCUGUCUCUGUUUGUGAUUGUUGUGGGUGGGGCCAACUGGUUCAUUAUGCUGGCACUGUGGACUCUGUAUCAUUCCAUUGUUAAUGUUGGCAGCACCUGGUAUGGUUUUGGUUGGGAGUCCCAGAUCCUAGAGACGGGAUUUCUGGCCACGUUCCUCUGUCCUGUCUGGAAUCUCCGCCCCGUCCCUGAGGACACUCCAACAUCCAAAAUUGUCAUCUGGGGAUUCCGGUGGCUCAUCUUCCGAAUCAUGAUUGGGGCUGGACUGAUCAAACUCCGAGGCGACCAGUGUUGGAGAGAUUUAACUUGUAUGAACUACCACUAUGAGACUCAGCCAGUGCCUAACCCCAUCAGUUACUUCAUGCAUCAGUCACCCGAGAUCUUCCACAAGUUUGAGACGUUGACCAAUCACUUCGUAGAGCUGGUGGUGCCGUGGUUCCUGAUUGGACCGCGGAGACUUUGUAUGAUUGGUGGCACCAUCCAAAUCCUAUUUCAGGUGGUGCUGAUUAUCAGUGGUAACCUGAGCUUUUUGAACUGGCUGACCAUUGUCCCCAGCCUGGCCUGCUUUGAUGACGCUAGUCUGCGCUGGAUGUUCUCUGGUCGGGCAGGGUCGGUCAAAGACAGAGUAUACAGACUCCAGGGCAGGGCCAACCAACAACUCAAAGUGGGUAGCUACAUAAGGCGGGUUUUUAACAUCAGCCUGGGUGGUCUGAUCGCCUACCUCAGUAUACCAGUUGUCCAGAAUCUCCUCUCUCCCCGCCAGGCCAUGAACACCUCGUUCGACCCCCUCAGGAUUGUCAACACCUAUGGAGCUUUUGGGAGUGUCACCAAAGAGAGAACAGAAGUUAUUUUCCAAGGGACCUACGAUAACCCCCACGAACCUAGUGCACGCUGGGAAGAGUAUGAAUUCAAAUGUAAACCUGGCAAUGUCACAAGGCGGCCCUGUUUAAUUUCUCCUUACCACUACCGACUUGACUGGCUUCUCUGGUUUGCAGCAUUUCAGAAUUAUCAGUACAACCCCUGGCUGGUCCAUCUGGCGGUCAAGCUGAUGUCCAAUGACCCUGGAGCAGAGUCCCUCAUUUCCCACAAUCCAUUCCAUGACAGGGACCCACCAAAGUACAUAAGAGUGGAACACUACAGAUAUAUUUUUACAAAGAUUGGCAGCAAGGAUGCCCGACUUGGUCGAUGGUGGAAGAGAAGUCAUGUAGGCAACUAUUUACCUCCAAUAUCGCUGGACUCCGUCAAAGCGUUCAUGAAAAACAUGGACUAUGAAUAUCCAAGAAUACGACGGAGGAAAAAACAUUGAUCUCAAUUUAAGUAGAAAAUCACAAUUUUAUUUCUAUUGUAUUAAUUUUUUAUGAAAAACAAGCAAUUGUUUUUGAAUUGAUUAUUUAUUUAAUCUGAACAACAUAAAACUUUACAAUCUUUUAAUUACCUUUACAUAAACUGUAUGAGAGAAAGUUCAGAAUCUCAAACAGGGUGUUUUUUAAAGUGUAUAAAAUUAUAUAGAGUACAAUGUAUAAUUAAACAAUUAAAAUGAACUAUA